AUGCUUGAUCUCCUCCACACGGUUAAAUUAUGCGACGACAAUCCUGUGAUAUCGGAUUUUCUGCAUAGUGGAACGCGCUUUGUUCUGAAAAAUCGCCAGAUAGCCGACGAAGCACUACUUCAGAUUUAUUACGCAGGGCUAGUGUUUACACCUCGAACGACAAUAAUCCGUAGAGAGUUUAAGUCAGAGCUUCUAAGUUGGAUAUGCCAGUUCCCACAAGUUAAUGAAAAAUGGAGUGCAGAAUUACAGACUCUCGAGGGCCAUUCGAACUCGGUUCACUCGGUGGCCUUCUCGCCCGACGGCCGGCUGCUGGCGUCCGGCUCUGGGGAUAACACCGUGCGGCUCUGGGACACGGCGACGGGCGGCCUGCAAGAGACCUUGACCACUAAGGGAAUCGUCAACAAAAUCGACUUUUCUCAAGAGGUUUCAUAUCUAAUCACCAACUUAGGCACCCUCGAUGUUCAAUCCGGCCACGAAAAUCUUGCUUCUAAUUCAACCCAUAAGAAUCGGGCGAUCUUUAUUGAGCAAGGACGGUGA